AUGCUCGCCAAACAGGUAGCCCGUCCGCUUGCCCAGAUCGCCCGCCAGGCGCACCAUGGAGCCCCGGCUCCAGCCAAGUUCAACGGCAUCCAGUCGCCGACGUCAUUCGUCCACGACGGUUAUGCCACGGCGCGAGUCCCGUUCAACGUGCGCAACAAGUGGCUGUUCGCCUCGAAGGCCGUCGUCUUCCUCGCCGUCGGCUUCUGGGCACCCUUCCUAGUCGUCGAAUGGCAGCUGCGCAAAGCCAACGCCCAC